UUUUUUUCUUGUGCAAUGGACGGGGCCAUGUUGGAAGCCACCGAUGUCUUCGCCUCCCAACAGUUCGCCUUGAUUGAAUCCCGGGGACUUUAUCAACCGUCGUGGGGGAGCCAUAUCAAAGCAUACCGCCUAGACGCUGACUUGUAUCCUCUGGGAUCCGGCUACGUCCCUGAAAUUGACAGUGUCCAUGACAUAUCAGUCGGCACGAAGAGAGGAUCCGACGAACUCUUUUCUUCCUGCAUCUCCAACGGGCCCUAUAUCAUGAACUCAGCCAAUGGCAACGACAGCAAAAAAUUCAAGGGUGACGUCCGCAGUCCCGGUGUUCCGUCACGCGUGGUUCACCUGCGCAAACUGCCCAGCGACAUAAACGAGGCCGAGGUCAUCGGUCUCGGUUUGCCCUUUGGGAAAGUCACCAAUCUGCUGAUGCUGAAAGGGAAGAACCAGGCCUUCCUGGAGCUGAACAGCGAGGAGUGCGCUCAGACCAUGGUGAGCUACUACUUGUCGGUGACCCCCGUCAUCAGAAACCACCCCAUUUACAUGCAGUACUCCACCCACAAAGAGCUGAAGACGGACAACUCCCCCAACCAAGUGCGCGCCCAGGCUGCUUUGCAGGCGGUCAACGCCCUGCACGGCGGCGGCGGCAGCAUCGCCGGCAUGGCCAUUGCGGCCGACGCCAGCGGCCUCGCGGGCGCCACUGCUCAAAGCCCCGUCCUGCGAGUCAUUGUGGAGAACCUCUUCUACCCGGUCACCCUGGACGUACUGCACCAGAUAUUUUCCAAGUUUGGCACAGUGCUUAAGAUCAUCACCUUCACAAAGAACAACCAGUUCCAGGCACUCAUCCAGUAUGCCGACGCCUUGAUGGCACACAAUGCCAAAUGUCUUGACGGGCAGAACAUCUACAACGCCUGCUGCACCCUCAGAAUCAGCUUCUCCAAGCUCACCAACCUCAAUGUCAAAUACAACAACGACAAGAGCCGCGACUACACCCGCAUGGACCUGCCCACUGCUGACGCGCAGCCCACCUUGGACCACCUGACCAUGGCGGCCGCCUGUUCACCAGGUAUAAUAUCUGCCUCGCCAUAUGGAGGCGCUCACGCAUUCGCACCCACCUUUGCCAUCCAGCAAGCAGGUCUUGCAAUGCCUGGCAUCCCCAGCGCCUUGGCGUCUCUGGGCGUCGGGCACGGCAGCAUGGCGGCGGCAGCAGCCGCCGCCAGUCGCUUCAGCCUGGCCGGCCUGGCCGCCGCCGGUGGCGGACACAACGUCCUGUUGGUCAGCAAUCUAAACCCGGAGAGCGUUACGCCACACUGCCUCUUUAUUCUUUUCGGUGUGUACGGCGACGUGAUGAGAGUCAAGAUCCUAUUCAAUAAAAAAGAGAAUGCGCUGAUCCAGAUGGCGGAUGGCACUCAGGCUCAGCUAGCCAUCAGCCACCUGAACGGCCAGCGGCUGCACGGCAGGGCCAUCCGCGUCACGGUCUCCAAGCACACCACGGUGCAGCUGCCGCGAGAGGGCCAGGAGGACCAGGGCCUGACCAAGGACUUCAGCAACUCACCGCUGCAUCGCUUCAAGAAGCCCGGCUCCAAGAACUACUCCAACAUCUUCCCACCUUCUGCCACGCUCCAUUUGUCCAACAUACCGCCUGCUGUGGUGGAGGAAGACCUCAAGAGGCUUUUUGCCAGCUCAGGAGCCACAGUCAAAGCCUUCAAGUUCUUUCAAAACGAUCGCAAGAUGGCCCUGAUCCAGAUGGGCUCAGUGGAGGAGGCCAUUGAGUGCCUGAUUGAGUUCCAUAACCACGACCUCGGGGAGAACCACCACCUCAGAGUGUCUUUCUCCAAAUCAACCAUCUGAGUGCCUUCAGCGAUUCACCUUCUCGAUUGCAGCCCGUUCUCCGGCUCACACAAUCGCAGGUUUCGUGGCAAGUUCCUUUCAGUCAUCAGAUCAAAGUCUGAUUAUUUUUUUUUUAUAUGUAUUUUCUUUUUACCUUUCCUUCUUUUAUAUAUUAUAUAUAAAAUGGCACCGGGUAUGUUAAUCGGAGAGACAGCUAUUUGGUUUAUUAUUUUUUUUUGUCUGGGGCAAAAAAAAAAAAACGGUGCUCUGUCUCAAAAAGAAAGUUUUGUGAUUCAGGGAAAAGCUUCCUUCCUUAUCUGAAAAUGUUUUAACCUUUUUACUUUUAAAGAGCCCCGUUCAAUAUCCAAGCGACACGUUGACGAAAGCACAACCCAUUUGGAAAUGGGCUCCUUGGCGAGCUCAAGUGCAGGCAGCUGACGAAACCGUCACUUAAAGACCAAAUUGCCUAAAAUGGCCGCCGUCAUCCAUACCCCACACACUUAUGUAAGCAUUCCUGUAGCAAAGUCGCGUGCCCCUUGCCUGUUUGGCCAGUCGGACACGAUGUAAAACAAGCCCCCAGACAACUUUUUUUUUUUAAUCUCCUAAGUGCUGUUUUCUUCACGGGAUGUGCACCACUAUCUGUUUAUCGACUUCACGGUCUUUUGUGCCUUACUCCCCCUUCCCUCCCCAACAACCUUUCCGAGCCGCUCGCCUUAAGCGUCACUCCGGCUUCGGGGGAGAUGGCGACUCAUUCCACGAAAGAGAUAGGAAGAAGAAAAAAAAAAAAACACAAAUGUUUACCUAGGACAAGAUUUGUGUGCAUAUAUCCCGAUACGUAUGUAGAAACUAUGAAUGUAAGACCAGAUAGGCGAUGCUCGGCCGUGUUGUAGCGCUCGCUCCUAUUAGCUGUCGUGUCGCAGGCUCGUUUAACCUUACAUUCGUUUAUAUGUAGACAUCUAUACAUAUUUACAUUUAUCUAUAUUUCUUUUUUCUUUCUGUUUUUUAUGUUUAGCAUUUAUGUCUAGCGGAGUGUCUAUAGUGCCUUGAGGCCCGCACACUUCCUGGUCCAGCUCCCUUUUUCCCCUCCCCCCGUUUAUGACCGUCGUUUACUUCUUUCUCGUCGUCAGGUGGUUUAUUUGUUUUAAUUGUCAGUGGUAGUCUUUCCACCCCAUCCCGCUCACCUGACUGUUAACAUUCAGUUUGACCACCAAACUCAGGUAACAGUACCUGUGAAAGGACAGCUGCGAGGUGUCGUCUUUUCUUUCCCCUUUGCAGUCAAGUUCUUUAGUGCACUUUUUUUUUUUUUAACCACCACCUCGCACCAGAUCCCAAAAUGUCUUAAAAAGCGUCGUCACAUUCCCCGAGUGCCUCCAGCACCGGUUUGACACAAGCCUUUGACCACUGUAUAGUUCCGAACCAGAUGUGCGCGCACACACACAGUCACUCGCCUGUUUUGUGUGUGUGUGUGUGUGGUGUCUAUUUUUGUACAAGAUAUGCAUGGUUUAACAAAUGUAGCUGCAGACAGACGGUUGUUCUUGUUAAGGACCAAAGUACCCUGUGAGGUUUUGUCGUGUUGUCAUUUGAGGCCCCCCCCCCCCCCCCCUCGUAAUCCACUUUUUUUUCCCCCCCUCGUGCCUUCGUACAUAGGUCCGCCUUCUUUCUAUUCCAUGCAAGUGAGCCCCCCCCCCUCCUCCUCCUCCAUUACACGUGAGUCUUAUUCCUCCUUCCUGUUCCGCACAAACUUAAACUUUGUAGCUCACUCAACACGAAGGCCUUGUCGCCUAUCCUCGGUUGCCUUUGCACGGACAUGCCUUAGUCGCACAACUUGAGUCGAUACUGUAUCUUCGGUCCCCCAAUAUGGCUUUAGAAUGGUGUAGAUGAUGAUCACGCCGCCGCCUUUUUUUUUUUUUUUUCUUGUGUGCGUCACAAGCUUUUAUGUUUCUGCUUUUUAUAUGGGGGUUGUUGUAUGAAUUGACACAGGGCUGACGGUUGUAUAUAUUCAUGUUUUUGUACCACACAAUCAUUUGGAUAAUAUUGACUUUACGUUUCCAAACGUGUAUAUUUUGAUAUGACAGUACCAGACCUAUUAAAAGAACGAAAAAGAGCUCCCCCUUCGUUUGGGAGAUUUCAAAACAAGACAUUAAAACUGGUCUGAACAC